AUGAGGAGAUCGUCACCGACUCCUCCCCCCAAGUCUGUCCCCACUGCAUUUCCUGUACGGUCGGAUUCACCUAAAUGUUUUCGCUUCGUCAAAGGUGUUUCUAGACCAAAGAAGCGUCGGAGAGUCAACUCGCCAAAGGAGCAAGCAAGCCGAUCAAUUGUAACAGAAAAUACGGCGGAUACCCCGGAGGUCGUGCUUAGAACGGCAGCGCAGAACCUGGAGAUAUUCGAUGAUCACCAAAGGGGCAAUGCGUUAGCUGGUCUGGAGCCUCAAGACGGACACCUUGACGAUUUCAGUUUAUUUGACUCCAUACUUCCUAACAUUUUUGCGUCUACUCCGUUCCUCGAUAUUGAACUCCAGGAACCAUUGGCAGCAGAGGCGCCGGGUCUAAUAGAAAAACCCAGAAUGACAACUCUUUCUCCACCAGAUAGGCCCAUCGAGCCGGUCUUACAGAACCUACAAAUCAGUUCAACGGGUCAAAGUAUUGCCCCCAUGUUAAGGGAUGAAGCAGAACAAGGUGUUCUAGGUGAUCCAGCCCCACGAACCAUAGAAGAACCCACAAUUCCUUAUGCUUCAGCGCGUCUUCAAGCCGUUCCUAUGAUAUCCGAAAUCUCAUCCAACGACCAUGAAAAGCUUCUUGAAUUAUGUAAGAGCUCUUCGCAACCCACAAUUUUCUGA